AUGAAGUUAGAUGCUAAAGCUCUUCGCUACAUGUCCCCCGAGGACUUUCGAGUUUUGACAGCUGUCGAAAUGGGUUCCAAGAACCACGAAGUUGUGCCCAUGACUCUUAUUUCUCAAAUUGCUCAGUUGAGACAUGGUGGUGCUCAUAAACUUGUAGGUGAACUCGCUAAACGUAAAUUGAUUGCUCGUGUUCAAAACAUGACUUAUGAUGGUUAUCGUUUGACCUAUGGUGGCUAUGAUUAUUUGGCUCUCAAGACAUUCGCUAAGCGUGGCACUGUCUAUUCAGUCGGCAAUCAGAUUGGUGUUGGUAAAGAAUCCGAUAUUUAUAUUGUAGCCGAUGAAGAAGACAACCAACAUGUACUUAAGUUACAAAGACUCGGUCGUAUGUCUUUCCGUACCAUCAAAUCCAAGCGUGACUAUCUUCAAAAGCGUAAAUCUGCUUCUUGGAUGUACAUGUCUCGAUUGGCUGCUAUGAAAGAGUAUGCGUUUAUGAAAGUUCUUUAUGAAAAUGGCUUUCCUGUACCUGAACCUAUUGAUCACAGUAGGCAUUGUGUUGUAAUGGGCUUAAUUGAUGCAUUCCCUCUUCGUCAAAUUGAAGAGAUUGGUAAUCCAGGUAAACUUUACUCUGAAUUGAUGAGCUUGAUUGUCAAAUUGGCUCAAUAUGGCCUUAUUCAUGGUGAUUUCAAUGAAUUCAACAUUUUGAUCAAGAGUGAUGGUUCGCCCAUCUUGAUUGAUUUCCCUCAAAUGGUCUCUACAUCCCAUAUGAAUGCAGAAUAUUACUUUAAUCGUGAUGUAGAAUGUAUUCGUACUUUCUUCCGUCGUCGCUUCAACUAUGAAAGUGCUUUAUAUCCUCGAUUUACUCAAGAUGUGAACAGAGAAUUUAGUUUAGAUGUUCAAGUAGCUGCUAGUGGUUUUAGUAAAAACAUGCAAAAGGAAUUAGAAGCAUAUCAAGAAGAAAUCAAGAGUUUAUCUGAUAAUGAAGAGAACGAUGAAUCAGAGGAAGAGGAGGAGGAGGAGAAAGAAGAAGAAGAGGAAGAAAACGAGCAAACAAAAGAAAAUAUACCCUCAGAGAUGACAGAAGAAGAAAAAAUGGAGGAGAAAUUAAGAAACCUUCGUUUAGGUAAUACUGAACCCCUUACAGACGAAGAGGAAGAGGAAGAAGAAAGUGAAGAGGAAAGCGAUGAAGAAGAAGAAGAAGAAGAAGAAGUGGAUGAGGAAACAGAAAUGGCAAGACGUAGUGCCAAAGUUGAGAAAUUGAACAAUCGUGAUUAUAAAGCAUACAGAGACACCACUACAAAAAAGACAAAGAAAUCUACUGAAGAAGAACUCAAGAACAGAGUAGCUCGUUCACUUAAAAGUCAAGCCAAUAAGCAAGCGGGUAAAUCAGGUCGCCGAAAUAAUCUCAAGCAUAGAGGCAACAGAAAAGACAAGGCAGAAAUUCGUGGUGGUGGUAGUUUUGAUUUUAAAUAA